CCACCAAUUGUUUCUUCAGAAUUAUACAUAUACACACUGACAAUUUCGAACCUAAACCGCAUUCACACAACAACAACAACUAAGAAAUGGCACGAUAUGAAUUCUUCCGCCAAAUAUUCAUUGUCUUGUCUAUAGUUUCUCCGUUGGUCAGAUCUUUCACUGUGAUCACCUCCGACUCGACGGCCCCAUCUGCUCUGAUCGACGGCCCACAAACUGGAUUCACGAUGACCAAUGACGGCGCUCGCACGGAGCCUGACGAGCAAGACGCCGUCUACGACAUUAUGCGUGCGACCGGCAACGACUGGGCUGCCGCGAUUCCAGACGUUUGCCGAGGGAGAUGGCACGGGAUCGAGUGUAUGCCGGACCAGGAUAACGUCUACCACGUGGUCUCUCUGUCGUUCGGAGCGCUCUCAGACGACACGGCGUUUCCGACUUGUGAUCCACAACGCUCUUACGUCUCUGAGUCCCUCACGAGGCUCAAACACCUCAAAGCCUUGUUCUUCUACCGAUGUUUAGGCCGCGCCCCACAGCGCAUACCGGCGUUUCUGGGACGCCUCGGCUCGAGUCUGCAAACGCUGGUUCUGAGGGAGAAUGGUUUUUUGGGACCUAUCCCUGACGAAUUGGGCAAUCUCACCAAUUUGAAAGUUCUUGAUUUGCAUAAAAAUCACCUCAACGGCUCCAUUCCCUUGUCGUUCAACCGGUUCUCCGGUUUAAGAUCGCUUGAUUUGAGUGGUAACCGGUUGACUGGUUCCAUUCCCGGUUUUGUUCUUCCGGCGCUGAGCGUUCUGGAUUUGAACCAGAAUCUUUUAACCGGACCGGUUCCACCCACACUCACAAGCUGUGGAUCGUUGAUCAAAAUCGAUCUUAGCCGAAACAGAGUCACUGGUCCUAUCCCAGAAUCGAUUAACCGGCUCAACCAAUUAGUGCUUUUGGAUUUGAGCUAUAACCGGUUAUCAGGUCCAUUCCCGUCUUCUCUCCAAGGCCUAAACUCUCUUCAAGCUUUAAUGCUCAAAGGCAACACAAAAUUCUCAACAACGAUUCCUGAAAACGCGUUCAAAGGGCUCAAGAACUUGAUGAUUCUUGUUCUCUCGAAUACGAACAUCCAGGGCUCGAUACCGAAAUCAUUGACUCGGUUAAACAGUCUUCGGGUCCUUCACCUAGAGGGCAAUAAUCUGACCGGAGAGAUUCCUUUGGAGUUCCGGGACGUGAAGCAUCUAAGCGAGCUGAGGCUCAACGAUAACAGUCUGACAGGACCAGUACCGUUCGAGAGAGACACAGUGUGGAGGAUGAGGAGAAAGCUGAGGCUGUAUAACAAUGCUGGUUUGUGUGUUAACCGGGACAGUGACUUGGAUGAUGCAUUCGGUUCAAAAUCUGGUUCAACUGUAAGAUUGUGUGAUGCAGAAACGUCGAGACCAGCUCCUUCCGGUACGGUCCAGCACCUAUCUAGAGAAGAAGACGGUGCUUUGCCGGACGGAGCUACGGACGUGUCAAGCACUUCCAAGUCUUUGGGGUUCUCCUAUCUUUCUGCAUUCUUUCUUGUAUUCCCUAAUUUCAUUUUUAUGCUAAUAUCUAGUUAGAGGAGGGAUGAUAAAACUGCUGUAAAUACUUCCCGAGUUUAAUAAUGUUAGUUAGAUGCCUUUUCUGCAUUAGUUGGAUUGAAUAUCGCCACCAUUUAUGGCUACAAAAAAAACUUGUAAGCUCGAACGUGUUCCUUCUGUCUAUAUACUCUGUUCUUUGAUCUCUGUUUUAUCUUUCCGGAGAUAAGAGACUUGUAUUGCUUGUUCUUCCAUGUUUUGUACAUUUGGCGUUUAUUCGAAAUGGGAAAAACCUC